AUGAGGUGCUUAGUAACGGUAAAUGUUGGAUGUGUACCCAAAAAGUUCAUGUGGAACACAGCUGUCCACUCUGAAUUCAUGUGCGAUCAUGUUGAUUACGACUUUCAAAGUUGUGAGAGUAAAUUCAAUUGGCGUGUUAUUAAGGAAAAGCAGGAUGCCUAUGUGAGCAGCCUGAAUACCAUGUAGCAAAACAAUCUAACCAAGUCCAAUAUAGAAAUCAUCUAUGGCCAUGCAUCAUUCACAAGCCAUCCCCAGCCCACAGUAGAAGUCAAUGGGAAAAAAUACACUGCUCCGCACAUCCUGAUUGCCACUGGUGGUGUGCCCUGCAUUCCUCAGGACAGCCAGAUCCCUGGCGCCAGUCUCAGAAUAACCAGUGAUGGCUUUUUUCAGCUGGAAGAAGUGCCUAGUCACAGUGUCAUAGUGGGCGCAGGUUAUAUUGCUGUGGAGAUAGCUGGGAUCCUUUCAGCCCUGGGUUCUAAGACAUCACUAAUGAUAAGGAAUGAUAAGGACAAGGAGGUUAAAAAGACUUCACCAGGCUUGGAAUUCAUCAUGGUUACUUCAGUUCCUAGUCGAAACCCCACUGUGACCAUGAUUCCAGAUGUUGACUGCCUGCUCUGGGCCACUGGGAGGGACCCAAACUCCCGGGGUUUGAACUUAAACAAACUGGGGAUUCAAACUGAUGCCAAAGGUCAUAUCUUAGUAGAUGAAUUCCAGAACACCAGCGUGAAAGACGUCUACGCAGUUGGGGAUGUGUGUGGAAGAGCUCUUCUAACUCCAGUUGCAAUAGCUGCUGGCCAAAAACUUGCCCAUCGACUUUUUGAAUGCAAAGAAGAUUCCAAAUUCGACUAUGACAACAUCCCAACUGUGGUCUUCAGUCACCCUCCUAUUGGCACAGUGGGACUCACAGAAGAUGAGGCCAUUCAUAAAUAUGGAAAAGAAAAUGUGAAGACCUAUUCAACCUCCUUUACUCCAAUGUAUCACGCGGUUACCAAAAGGAAAACAAAAUGUGUGAUGAAAACGGUCUGUGCCAACAAAGGAAAGCUGGUCGGAAUCCAUAUGCAGGGUAUUGGAUGUGAUGAAAUGCUGCAGGGUUUUGCUGUUGCAGUGAAAAUGGGGACGAAGGCCCACUUUGACAGAACGGUUGCCAUCCACCCUACCUCUUCAGAAGAGCUGGUCACACUCUGUUAG